CAAAUGAUGAACUACUCACUACUUCACUAAGAAAACGGCCUCAGAAGCUUAACAGCCCUUUCAGUUUUUCUUUUCUUUCCUUUAGUUUCUCAAAUUUCAUUGACUUUCUUCAUUGCUUUGCCUGAAAUAUCCUUUUGCUAGGCCCUGAAAUUGCUUCUAUAUAAGAUUAGUUUCGGUGGAUGAUCAAAACAAGUCGAUAGGAGUGUGUUUUUUUAGUUUGGGUGUUUUUAGUUCUUGUUAGUAUAGAAGAAGAUGGUGGAGUGUGGUGGCGGUGAGGUGGUGGUGGUGGUGAGGGAGUAUGAUGGAUUAAAAGAUUGCGGCGGAAUAGAGGAGGUGGAGAGGAGGUGCGAGGUUGGACCCAGUGGGAAGCUCUCUCUCUUCACCGACCUCUUGGGUGACCCAAUUUGCAGGGUCCGCCACUCUCCUGCCUAUCUCAUGCUGGUAGCUGAGACUGUGAUGGUUGGUAAUACUGAAAAAGAAGAAGAUAAACAAGAGAGAGAAAUAGUUGGAAUGAUUAGAGGAUGCAUCAAGACCGUUACAUGCGGCAAGAAAUUCUCCAGAAAUGGAAAGAACGGCCACGAUCCCUCCAAACCACUCCCUAUCUACACCAAAGUCGCCUACAUCUUAGGCCUCCGAGUCUCUCCCUCUCACAGGCGAAUGGGAAUAGGAUUGAAGCUGGUUCGGAGAAUAGAAGCGUGGUUCAGAGAAAAUGGAGCCGAGUACUCAUACAUGGCCACGGAAAACGACAACAGACCAUCCGUUAAGCUCUUCACCGACAAAUGCGGCUAUUCCAAGUUCCGUACGCCAUCGAUCCUAGUCAACCCAGUGUUCGCUCACCAAGUCCGAGUCAGCCACCGAGUCACCGUCCUCAAACUCACCCCUUCCGACGCCGAAACCCUCUACCGACGCCGAUUCUCCACCACUGAGUUCUUCCCCCGUGACAUUGAGUCAGUCCUUAACAACAAGCUCACUCUCGGUACCUUUGUCGCUGUCCCUCGCGGUGCUUACUCAGCUGAGUCGUGGCCGGGUUCGGACUCGUUCCUGGCUAACCCCCCCCAGUCGUGGGCUGUACUCAGUGUGUGGAACUGUAAGGACGUGUUUCGGCUUGAGGUCCGAGGCGCGUCGCGCGUGAGAAAAGGCUUUGCGAAGACGACGAGGUUAGUGGACCGGGCCUUGCCGUGGCUCAAUCUACCGUCGGUGCCGGAGGUGUUUCGGCCCUUUGGGCUUCACUUUUUGUAUGGGCUGGGCGGUGAAGGCCCACUUUCUGUGAAGUACGCCAAGGCCUUGUUUGGCUUCGCACAUAAUUUGGCUAAAGAGUAUGGGUGUGGUGUGGUGGCGACGGAGGUGUCGAGUCACGAUCCGCUCAGGUUAGGGAUCCCACACUGGAAGGUGCUAUCGUGCGCCGAGGAUCUAUGGUGCAUCAAGAGACUUGGGGAAGACUACAGUGACGGGUCUGUGGGUGACUGGACUAAGUCACCACCUGGACCGUCCAUUUUUGUUGAUCCCAGAGAGUUCUAGCCUUAUGAUAUGGAGAGCUAGCUUAGAACCUAGAAAAGGAAGAAAUAUAUAUAUUUUCUUCUUUUUUUUUUUCCUUUUUUUUUCUUUUCCUGUUUAUAUUAUAAAAUUAGAUUAGUGACAAUUUUGAAGGGUGGAGGUGGUUGGAAAAGAGAAAAAUGAAAACAAAUAUUUUUCUCAAUAAUUUUUUGGGGUUUGUUGGGUUGGUGUUGUAAAGGGAAUAUCUCCCCCACUUUUUGUAAACGGAUGGAUGUGGCUUUUAAGAUAUCCUUUUAUCAGCCAAA